AUGGCUUCCAACACUGAACAGGAGAUGCGUCUGUGUGGAAACUGUAAACGCAACAUCUCUGUGAUCAAUUUCACUAUUCAUGAGAUUCACUGUCAUCGUAAUAUCAGCAUAUGCAAGUUAUGCAAAGAGCCGAUUCCUACCAGCGACAUGGAGGAGCACUUUGCCGCAGAACAUGUCACGGUGACCUGUAAAUGUAAUAUGACCAUGGAGAAGAAUUUGCUGGAGGAGCAUGAGAACUCUGCUUGUCCCCUUCGCUUAAUAAAAUGCCAGUUUUGUGAGCUGGAGCUGGCCUGUAAAAAACUUGGAGAACACGAGGAGUAUUGUGGAGCUCGGACGGAGCGCUGCGAGAAGUGUGGAUCCAGUGUCAUGACCAAAGACCUAAUGGACCAUCCUACUGUGUGCGGCAAAAUACCUGAACCAAAAAAUAAAUAUCCCGAGUACGAAGGCGCAUGGUUUGACGACCUGCAACAUAGGAACUAUUUUACAGAUGAUAUGUUUUCUCGAAUGCCUAAACACGUGCCCAGUAGAUUUUAUGGGCGCUCUGUGUUAACACGAUCCCUAAAGACAUCCAAUGAGGAAGCGGAACGAAACAAGAGGAGAGAGCAGAACAGAGAGAUCACAUGGUCAGAUGGAUUUGAUGACAUCCCACCAGAGCUGUUGGAAGAAGAUGCAAUUAGUGUCCCGCCCUAUUCUGAUCUCUUCCAGCCUGUGACCCAUCAGAACACUACUGGCCUCAGCCCUGAGCCUGAAACUUCCUUCCCUAAAAGGGAUCCUAACUUCUGGAAAAAUAUCUGCUACCGUAAUGGUAGCUGUGAUCUGACUGCUGUCUGCCAGGAGUGCCAGGUUCUCAAAACUGGCUGCACAGAAGUAAAAAAUACUUUGGCAGUUGUCCCUCCAUCUGAGGGCACCCAGCUGCCAUGUGAGUUCUGUGAAGAGCUGUUCCCUGUGGAGGAUCUUAUUUUACAUCAGUCUGGAUGCCAACUUUCUGCUGCAUUCUCCAAUAGAAGAUCUUCCUCUAUUCCUAGAGAGAGUGUGAGAUCAUCCUCCCCACCUGUCCACAGUGCACAAAUGGUCCUCCUUCCCUGUGAAUUCUGCGGCGUAUUGCUGGAGGGGGAAAUCCUCUUCCAUCACCAGGAUCAGUGUGAAAGGUGUCCAGUCUCCGGAAAAAGCUCUUUUACACCAGAGCUGCUUCCUGAUGAUGCAACAUAUGACGAGAAGCCAUACGAAACUUAUGAAUCUCCAGCAGUUACCCCUUCCCGCCAUGGUCCCACAACAGCAAAAAUUGACACCGGUGUUGGGACUAACCGGUACCUGAUGAGGGAGAGUGCGGCUAGACCUCCACAUCCUACGAGAAAUACAUUUCUAGCAGACAAUCCGUACCGGCAGCCAAGGAUGAACAAUAGCCUGCGUAACUCUAACCUGGAGGACACAAGAAAAAGAAACAUGGAAGAGAAUAUGAGGCUCUUUAAGAACCAGGACCAUGACAACCGGUCUGCUAGAGGAGCAUCCAACAGGACUAAUGGCUCCAGAAGCAAGGAGACAAAUAAGAAGAUAAAUCCUGGAGAUGUUAAGGAAGAAUAA